AUAAUCAUAUAUAAAAUGAGGCGGCUGGUUAGCAUAUACAUUAUUUUAACCUAUACGCUUUGGAUAACUUCGGUAUGGUCGUUCACUAAGGUGAAUGUUGAACAUAAUGACAUAGUACUCAAUAAUUAUAAACUUAUGGCAUCUCCCAAAAUCACGUACAAAGGACCCGGAAGAAAAGUAGCAGAUCGUAUAAAGGAGCAGUUCUCAGUUAGUAGUGAUUUUGAAGUCAGACAGGUGCGUAAAGCUCUGAAACGAUACAAAAGAACGGAGGAAAGGCGCCUGAUUAAAAAAAGGAGAAAUAUUGUUAGCUCUGAGCGAAAUGCUGACGGGGCAGUGAAAAAAUCACGUUCAACCCUUAAGGACCGUUCUUUUAAAGUUGUCUCAAAAUACACCGUCAAGGAAAAUGAAUUCACUCAUUUCCUUAGGCCACUGGAAAAAUAUACGGGGAAGAAUCCACUAGGCAAAGCAACGAUUAAACCUGUAAGAAUGGGUAUUCCUCUUGAUACUGCAGCUAGUCUAUACGAAGGGGCCUCACCAGUCGUACCCACUAAAUCAUCGCCAUCGCAAAUAUCCACAUUAGAGUUCAUAGGAAGUUAUAUUCACACAGCAAUAUUACCAUCCUUAGCGUUGCCGGAAAUAUGUCUUGUUGGGAGAAGCAAUGUAGGGAAAUCAUCGUUUAUCAACACCAUGAUGACCUACAUGAAGACACGGAAGAAAAGCUGCGAUAUGGCAUUCGUUUCAAAAACUCCGGGGUACACAAAGUGUAUCAACAUAUUCAAAGCAGUUGAUACAAAGGGGCGUGACGUACUUUCAAUCGCUGAUCUCCCAGGAUACGGUUUUGUUAAGAUAAAAAAUCGAGAAACCGUACAUGCAAUGAAUAGUGCACUCAGGGCAUAUUUGCAAAGACGCAAUGAAUUAAAGUUCAUUAUCUUUCUGAUUGACGGUAGCCUCCAACCACAGUCUUCUGACAUGGAAGUUCACGAAAUGCUUAAGUCAAUGGGUAUACCAUUUAUCAUAGUAUGUACCAAAAUGGACAAAGUAGCACAAACGCAAAUUCCUGGCCAAAUACUACUCUUUCGACAGGUGUACAAGAUUGAAAGUCCAUUACCCAUUGCUUACUCAAAAUACGGUGGAGCUGAUUUAGGCGGUAUCUGGGGAGCUAUUUUCGAUGCCUGUAGAGACAAAUUCGAUCUUGCCAAUCUGUCAAUUGCUGAUUCCUAUAAAAGUGUUAAAGGCGCUGAUUUCGAACAGUAUAUCAAACGACAAAGCAUGGUAUCGACGAAAGAUUUGAAAGAACUUAUUUACAAGAAUUUCGAAUUGCUCCCAGACAGCUUGAAGAGUGCGAACAUUGAUAGUAUGUCCAAAGAUGAAUUGCUUGAUGUACUCCGUGUAGCAGCUGAAAGAUCAGAUUUUAUUCGUUCGAAGCCUAUUGAUUUGUUGGAAUACAAGAAAAAACAAACUAACAGGUGACAUCUACCAGAUGGGGAAUUUAA